GUGCGCACAUCUCGACCAACUCAGCAGGAGGGCGGAUUUUCUUCGUGUUUAAAGAGAAGAAAAAUGUCCCCGUGUCUGUAGAGAUGAUUUGCAGUUCAGCCCGGCUGAAGCUGAGCGAAUGAGACUAUGGGCUGUGCCUCCGCCAAGCAUGUUGCCACUGUUCAAAAUGAAGAGGAAGCCCAGAAAGGGAAAAACUACCAGAACGGAGAUGUGUUUGGCGAUGAGUAUAGGAUCAAACCGGUGGAAGAGGUCAAAUACAUGAAAAACGGGGCAGAAGAGGAGCAGAAAAUAGCAGCCAGGAACCAAGAAAACUUGCUUGGUGUCAGGCUGCCCAAGGGGGCCCCAUCCCACCACGCUCCCACAGCAACAGAAAAAAGUGCCAGUUCAAAUGCAAGACUUAAAACUAACAAAGAGAUUCCGGGAUUAGUUCAUCAACCCCGAGCAAACAUGCACAUCUCUGAGAGCCAACAAGAAUUCUUCAGGAUGCUGGACGAAAAAAUCGAGAAGGGUCGAGAUUACUGUUCGGAAGAAGAGGAUAUCACAUAGCACCGACCUGACACCCGAACCAGGAGCUACUACUGUGUAAAUAGGUGACACCCCAGUCGAAAUCUCUGCAAAGGUCGGUCCUCUUCACGGAACAGCACUAUAGCAAAAGAAGAUCGUUCCAUAUCGUAUGCCCCAUUAAAUUACAGUGUUUCCUAAUGAACUCGCAAAGGAAUAUUGCUAAAAAAACAAACAAAACAAAACACAAAAAAAACCUGUCAUUGAACUUUCUUUGUUGCUGCUAGUUAAAACCUGUUGCAACUUUUCACUUCUCUCGUGUCCAGGUGUGCAGCAAAAUUCUGCGAUUUCACCUUAAAGAUACUGUCGGUCUUACAGGGGCUCUCCAGCCCGUUUUCUAUGAGAUGAGGUAGUGGUGAACUCAGCUAUCGGACUUCUGUUCUCGGGCGGUCCCACUUCUAAGCGUCUCCUUCCCUCUCUCCUUCCUCCCUGUCUGUCCCAAAGUGGUCCAGAGCCUUGCUUCUCGAGGGCGGGCGAUGUUGCGCUUUGGAGAUGGGAUGGUUGCCACGGCAAGCCUUGGUUCCCCGCUACGCAGCGGCAGAAAGCAUGCUGUGACCUGACUCCUGGGCACCACCCAGGAGCCCGCAGCAGGCUGUUUCGUUUACUGGGGUAUCUCCAUCGAGCAGUGAGCUCGCGACAUUGGCUUUGCUCAGAGGCAGAUGGACGUGUGAUCACAAUCAUUUCAAAUCCCUCUCCCCCACUUUUUUUUCUAAGGAAAUAAACAUUUUACUGUUUUUAUGUA